CACUGCACUUCCCUUGUACCUCAUUUCACCUGUGUUUUAGGAACGUCCUCAAACUCCUCAACUGAAAAUAUGAAGAAGCAAGGUUCAGACAGAAAUCCUGCUCCAGUUUUGCCAGCACUGCCAGAACCACUCAAAGAUCUGAAAAUUAAGUACACCAAGAUAUUUAUAAACAAUGAGUGGCACGAUGCAGUCAGUGGUAAAAAAUUUGAAGUCUUUAACCCUGCAAAUGAAGAGAAAAUCUGUGAGGUUGAAGAAGGCGACAAGGCAGAUGUAGACAAGGCUGUUAAAGCAGCUAGAAAAGCUUUUGAGCUUGGGUCACCCUGGCGUACAAUGGAUGCUUCAGAGCGAGGAAGGCUCUUGAAUAAACUAGCUGACUUAGUUGAAAGAGAUCGGCUGAUUUUAGCGACAAUGGAAGCCAUUGAUGGUGGGAAACUCUUUUCCACUGCCUACCUAAUGGAUUUAGGUGCCUGUAUCAAAACAUUACGCUACUGUGCAGGCUGGGCUGAUAAAAUCCAUGGGCGUACUGUUCCAAUGGAUGGAAACUUUUUUACAUUUACAAGACAUGAGCCUAUUGGUGUGUGCGGCCAAAUUAUUCCUUGGAACUUCCCAUUGGUUAUGUUCAUCUGGAAGAUCGCCCCUGCCCUUUGUUGUGGAAACACGGUGGUUGUCAAACCAGCAGAACAAACUCCACUGACUGCCCUUUACAUGGGAUCCUUAAUUAAAGAGGCAGGAUUUCCACCUGGAGUUGUGAACAUUGUGCCAGGCUUUGGACCCACCGCUGGCGCAGCGAUUUCUCACCACAUGGAUGUAGAUAAAGUAGCUUUCACAGGCUCUACAGAGGUUGGCAAACUGAUUAAAGAAGCAGCAGGAAAGAGCAAUCUGAAGAGAGUUACAUUGGAACUUGGAGGAAAAAGUCCUAACAUUAUAUUUGCGGACGCAGACUUGGACACCGCUGUGGAAUUUGCACAUAUUGGUCUGUUCUACCACCAGGGACAGUGUUGUAUAGCAGGAUCUAGGAUUUUUGUGGAAGAGCCUAUUUAUGAUGAGUUUGUUCGGCGGAGCAUUGAACGAGCAAAGAAGUAUACUCUUGGCAAUCCUCUGUUGCCUGGGGUACAGCAAGGCCCUCAAAUCGAUAAGGAGCAGUUUCAAAAAAUCCUGGAGCUAAUUGAGAGUGGGAAAAAAGAAGGAGCCAAACUGGAAUGUGGAGGAGGUCCAUGGGGAGACAAAGGUUACUUCAUCCAGCCCACAGUUUUUUCUAAUGUUACUGAUGAUAUGCGCAUUGCCAAAGAAGAGAUAUUUGGACCUGUUCAACAAAUCAUGAAGUUUAAAACUAUAGAUGAGGUUAUCAAGAGGGCAAAUAAUACUACCUAUGGUUUAGCAGCAGCAGUUUUUACCAAAGACAUUGAUAAGGCACUGACGUUUGCAGCUGCUCUUCAGGCUGGAACAGUAUGGGUUAAUUGUUACAGUGCAAUGUCUGCUCAGUGUCCUUUUGGAGGAUUUAAGAUGUCAGGAAAUGGACGAGAAAUGGGAGAAUAUGGCCUUCAUGAAUACACGGAAGUUAAGACUGUCACAAUCAAAAUCCCACAGAAGAACUCAUAAUGCUGCUUGAGGAGCAGAGUUUAGCAUCUUCAAAUGAAUCUAAAAAGGCUAUCUGAAUUCUGAAAAGUUUUAUACCACAAAUUAUUCAUUAACCAUUUUCCUUUCUGAUUGUAUAAGAGGUCCUUGCUUACAUUAACAAUAUAAAAAUAAAUGUAGAAAAUUGUAAUGUGACUAACAGAAAAAAGAAAUUUUAACGUCUGGUACAUAGCUAACUAAUUUUGAAAAUUUUUUGAAAAUUUUGAAAAAUUCAGAAAGAACUAUUUUUUAUUUUCAGUGAAAGGUCUCUGUAGUGCUAUGAAAAUGUUCCUUUUCAAUAUACCCUGCAAGU